GCUCGAGGAAGGUAGAUGGUGUUUGCCAGUCAGUGACGGGCUGGGCAAGUUUCCUGAAGAAUCCAAUUACCGGCUGGAACUGAGGAACAGGCAGGACGAGUGCUGCUUUCUGCCUCAGAGUUCAAAGGCCUGGCUGAUGCGGCUCACACCCUGCUGGGCAAAGGAAGAAAAGCCAGAGGAGGCAGUGUCUCCGAUCGCUGGGCGCACAGGGCAAGAGGCUGGAAAGUUCUUCUCAAGCCCAUGGCCACCCGCGGCCGCAGCUCCAGGAGAAGCCCGUGGCCCCGGCGAAGUGAGCCCCAACGAUGAGGGGAGUCCCGACGAUGAGGCGAGUCCCGCCGAUGAGGCUGCUGAAGCUCCUCCUUUUCCUGGCCCCCUGGGGAGUCGCCGGAGCUGAACCGGGGAAGUUCUGGCACAUCUCUGACCUGCACCUUGACCCUGACUACAAGGUAUCUGAAGACCCCCUCCAGGUGUGCCCAUCAGCUGGCUCCCAGCCAGUGCCCAACGCAGGCCCCUGGGGCGACUACCUCUGCGACUCUCCCUGGGUCCUCAUCAACUCCUCCAUCUACGCCAUGAAGGAGAUUGAGCCGGAGCCAGACUUCAUCCUCUGGACGGGGGAUGACACACCUCACGUGCCCAACGAGAGGCUGGGAGAAGCCGCUGUGCUGGGGAUCCUGGAGCGCCUGACCAGGCUCGUCAGGGGGGUCUUUCCAGAUACGAAAGUCUACGCUGCUUUGGGAAAUCAUGACUUUCACCCCAAAAACCAGUUACCGGCAGGGAGCAACAACAUCUACAAUCAGGUAGCAGAACUGUGGAGACCCUGGCUCAGUAACGAUUCCAUCGCUCUCUUCAAAGAAGGUGCCUUCUAUUCGGAGAAGUUGCCGGGGCCGAGCGGGGCCGGGCGGAUCGUGGUCCUCAACACCAAUCUGUACUACAGCAACAACGAGCAGACGGCCGGCAUGGCGGACCCCGGCCAGCAGUUCCGCUGGCUCGAGGACGUGCUGACCAGUGCAUCCCGCGCUAAGGAGAUGGUGUACAUUAUUGGCCACGUGCCCCCGGGCUUCUUCGAGAAGACGCGGAACAAAGCGUGGUUCCGGAAGGGCUUCAAUGAGGAGUACCUGAAGGUGGUCCGGAAGCAUCAUGGAGUCAUCGCAGGGCAGUUCUUCGGACACCACCACACUGACAGCUUCCGGAUGUUCUACGAUGAGGCAGGUGCCCCCAUCAGUGUCAUGUUCCUGACACCUGGAGUCACCCCAUGGAAAACCACCUUACCUGGCGUGGUCAACGGGGCCAACAAUCCAGGCAUCCGGAUAUUUGAAUACGACCGAGCCACACUGAGCCUGCAGGACAUGGUGACCUACUUCGUGAACCUGAGCCAGGCGAACGCGCAGGGAACCCCGCUCUGGGAGCUCGAGUACCGGCUCACCGAGGCCUACGGGGUGCCCGACGCAGGCGCCCGCUCCCUGCACGCAGCGCUGGGCCGCAUCGCCGACGACCCCGGCGCGCUGCAGCGCUACUACGUCUACAACUCGGUCAGCUACGACCGCGAAGCCUGCGGCCAAGCGUGCCGCACCGAGCACGUGUGCGCGCUGCGCGAGGUGGCCUUCGACGCGUACGCCUCCUGCCUGCGCGCCCCCGGCUCCGCGCCCGCGCCCGGGCUCGCGCUCCUGCUCGCGCCGCUGCUGGGCCUGCGCGCGCCGCUCCNGCCACUUUCCCGCACCCCAGCGCAUUUUCUCCCCCAAGUUUCAUCCAAAACUCAAAGCUCCUCGAGCAUCUCAUUCUUAAAACGAGCCGCCAGGAAGAGGCGCCUUGUAGGUCCCGUGCCCUCGUUCUGCCCUGCCCUCACCCGAACUCGAGGCACAAUGAGUGCAAAGUCCCGCAAUCGGGGAUCAGAACGGGCCUUUUUGGUUUGCAACAACGCGGAUGUGAGGAGCUGUGAUCCCAUAGCCCGGCGCUACUCCCCGGGCCAUUUCCGUCGUCUCGGGCCUUCUUUUGCCUCAAUUGCAAAGCGAAGGCAAUCAGAGGUCAGCCGAGCUAAGGAAGGGCAGAGUGGCUGCGCCGGUCCGUCGUCGGGCCUAGCGGUCCUCGGGGCUCAGCGCGGCUGCGUGCGGGGACCCUGCGCGGUUGCUGGGCCGCAGCCGGGGGUGGCCGUCAGGGUCGCAGACGGAUGGGGCGUGCGGACCGCGGGCGCCCCCAGCCGCGGGGUCCGCGGGCCUUGCUCCUCCCCGGACAGGGCGGGACGGGGAAGUCCCGCCCAGGAGGCCCGGGCCCUGGGCGGCCCCUAG